AGGUGAAAAUCAAAACCGAAGUACCUUUCCGAUAACAAUAGAUGCUUCCAUGGUUUAUUAUGGUGGACGUGCGGCGGCCGGUUUCAGCCCAAGUUUCCACCACAUAAUCGCGUACGAGUGGACGUUCACGCGACCACAAACUGUCGUAUUACUAUCGGAGAACUCGAGCAGCGGUCGCGGCCGGCCGUGCAGCACAUCAGCACAUCAGCGGGCGGGAGCAGCUCAGACCGCAGCGAUGCAGGGGAGCGGCGCACUGCCGGGCCUUACCGGCACCGGGCGCGGCGGCGGCUUCCUCCCGUGCGGCAGCCUCGGCAAGCGAACUCCCGCUGGCCGACGCGGCGCCACCAGCGUUCGCGCCGUCGACGGGGCUUCCGUUGCGGCCGCCGCCUCCGCGGCCGCCGAUUCCCCGCUCCCGCCCGUGCAGGUCACCUGGCAGAUUGCCGUCGGUGCUCUAGCUGGAGUGACGCCUUUCGUCGUUGCAGGAGUCGAGUUCGGCAAAAGAAUCAUCGCACAGAAGAAAUGCCAAGUCUGCGGAGGCUCUGGUCUUGUAACGAAGAACGACUAUUACGUUCGAUGCCAAAAGUGUGGUGGUUUUCUUCCGUGGCAGUCUUGGCGAAGAUUCUUCACGGGGUGAACGUGGUCUCUGAUCAGUGGUCUUCAGUACUCAACUAGCGCUGUAACUAAGGCCCCGUUUGGUUUGGGCUAACUAAAGUUUAGUGACUAAAGUUUAGUCACUUUUAGCCACUAAAGAAGCAAACAUAUUGACUAAAGUGGAGUGACUAAACUUUAGUUCUUUAGUCACCAAAUGAGUGACUAAAAGGGACUAAAGUAGUAUUUUUACCAUAUUUGCCCUCUACACUUUCUUUUUAUAGCAAACAUCCAUUAAUUAAUAGGGGUAAAACAGUCAUUAUUCACAGCAAUUAAUACUCUUUAGUCCGGUUUAGUCACUGGAACCAAACGGGUUACUUUAGCGCCUAAACUUUAGUCACUAAAAUUUAGUUUAGUGACUAAAGGAACCAAACAGGGCCUAAAGAUACAAUAGAUGGACAUCACCGUGCUUUAAAUGCCUCCUCACUAGACCAUAAAUGAAGCAAUAUGCCGUAGUCCGUAGACAUGUAGAAUUACUCAUGCAUGUUGUAUUUUACAAAAGGCAUCUUACAUAAACUAUAUUUUGCCCCUUA